GACUACAAUACGAAAUCGAUGUGGCUCUUGCUUUGCUGUUAACGUCACCACCAGAGCAUCUCUCAGCAUGACCAAAGAUGUUAUUCUCGACGGAAGAAAUGUGAAUAACUGUCGGUGAUUUCUAUCGUACAUCCUAUACGUGGAUCAGCAUGCCUGCGUUAAAGGAAUCGCUUGGAUUUGCAUUGGCAUUAUUUAUAGUAAUCGCUGCACAACAUGGCGACACAGACGCCUGUGAUCCAUGGAGAUUCCAGUGCAGUGAUAAUUCUGAGAUGUGCCUUGAGGGCGACAGGUUUCAGGAUGGUGUCCAAGACUGCAAUGACAACUCUGACGAAGAGUGCUUGCCGUGGCAGUUCGACUGCCUCACGUAUUCCCUCCGCUAUCCGAGGUGCAUCUCUAUGCAGAAACGAUUCGACUCGAGGGCCGACUGUCUGAUGAGCGACAAUAGUUUGCAGACGGAGCCACGGCUGCCAGCCUGA